UAAAGGGGUGGGCAACAAAAAUUGACAGAACUGGAACUGACGGCACCAGCUGAGGUGGAAAAUAAGUGAAGAUAUUCGUGAAAAAUGGCUUUUGCUUUGGCCAGAGUGCAUGCAAUUCCAAAGCAACAAAUUGCUGCUAUUUAUCCACUUUUGGUGAAUUGUCAGCGUCGUGGGAAUGCCACGGGUCCUCCGCCACCACCAAAUGCCCCGCCGCCACAGACAAAGACAAAAUUCGGGCCACUAGCGGAUCAAGAUAGGAUCUUUACGAAUCUGUAUGGGAGGCAUGAUUGGCGUCUCAAGGGGGCCCUCAAGCGGGGGGAUUGGUACAAGACGAAGGAGAUCCUGCUGAAGGGAUCAGAGUGGAUUAUUAAUGAAAUCAAGGUCUCGGGUCUCCGUGGUCGUGGUGGAGCUGGUUUCCCGUCUGGACUCAAGUGGUCCUUCAUGAGUAAGCCCUCAGAUGGGCGCCCCAAGUAUCUUGUUGUGAAUGCUGAUGAAGGUGAACCGGGAACGUGCAAAGAUCGCGAUAUAAUGCGCCACGAUCCUCACAAGCUCGUCGAGGGGUGCCUCAUUGCGGGACGUGCAAUGGGGGCUCAAGCGGCAUACAUCUACAUCCGUGGGGAGUUCUACAAUGAAGCUUCCAACAUGCAGUACGCCAUUGCUGAGGCAUACCAGGCGGGAUUAAUUGGGAAGAAUGCUUGCGGAUCGGGGUAUGAUUUUGAUGUUUUCAUGCAUCGUGGCGCUGGGGCGUACAUUUGCGGCGAGGAAACAGCCCUGAUUGAAUCGUUGGAGGGAAAGCAGGGAAAGCCACGCCUAAAGCCCCCAUUCCCAGCUGAUAUUGGGGUCUUUGGGUGCCCCACAACUGUUACGAAUGUCGAAACAGUGGCCGUUUCGCCGAGUAUCUGUCGUCGUGGUGGUGUGUGGUUUGCCAGCUUUGGACGCACCCGGAAUUCCGGGACGAAGCUCUUCAAUAUCUCGGGGCACGUGAACAAUCCCUGCACCGUUGAGGAGGAGAUGUCAAUCCCCCUGAAGGAGCUCAUUGAACGUCAUGCCGGUGGUGUUCGUGGUGGGUGGGAGAAUCUCCUGGCUGUCAUUCCCGGUGGCUCAUCGACCCCGUGCAUCCCGCAGAAUGUCUGCACGGAGGCUAUUAUGGACUUUGAUGGGCUCGUGCAGGUGCAGACAUCCCUGGGAACGGCUGCCGUGAUUGUCAUGGAUAAAUCCACGGAUAUCAUUCGUGCCAUUCACAGAUUGUGUGAAUUCUACAAGCACGAGAGUUGCGGGCAGUGCACACCGUGCCGCGAGGGUUUGGGAUGGAUGAACAAGAUUAUGGGGCGCUUUGUGACGGGUAAUGCGCAAAAGGCGGAGAUUGAUAUGCUCUGGGAGAUUUCGAAGCAAAUUGAGGGGCAUACCAUUUGUGCUCUGGCCGAUGGAGCUGCAUGGCCCGUUCAGGGGCUCAUCCGGCACUUCCGCCCUGUGAUUGAGAAACGCAUCGAGGCGGCAGGUGGGCAGAAGGUGGCACAUCGCCAGUGAUUGUGGGCGUCGAACGAUAGCAAAAAAUUCUCCUUAGAAGAUCACAUUCAAUUGUAAACUUCAACAUGUAACUUAUCUUACCCAAGAAGAAAAGGGGAGUUGAUUUUUCUCUUUAAAAAAUACAGAAAAAAUUAAAUAAAA